CCUUUCCCCUCUCGCCUCUGCUGCCCUCGCCGAGGCGAGCAAUCAAUCCCCUCCCAAUCCCCAGCGCGGCGACGCCAGCCGCCUCUGCCGCCUGCGAUGGCCGCACGGCGCGGGCCCCACGUCAUCAAGCUUCACGAUCCCAAUCCGCCCCUCCUCGGCCGGGCGCCAGGUCCCGCGGCGGCCGCCGUCUCCGCGCCCUCGCGAGACGAGGGCAUCCUCGCGCAGCACCCGCGCGCCGCCCCUUCGAGCGCCUCCGCCGCGCACCCCGCCUUUGCACUCAUCGAGGAGCGCCUCGUCGCCCGGGACCAGGACAUCCAGGAGCUCCUCGUCGACAACCAGCGGUUCGCCGCCACCCACGUCGCUCUCCAGCAGCAGCUCAUCGCGGCGCAGCACGAGCUCCGGGCUGUCUCCGUCGCCGCCACCAGGGCGCGCGCCGAGCGGGAGGGAGAGGUGCGCGCCCUCGCCGACCAGGCGGCGCACAUCGAGGCCGAGGCGCGGGCCGUCGCCGCCGCGCGCGCGGAGGUCGACCAAGUCCACGCCGACGUCCAGGUGCUCGCCGCGGCGCGCACCGACCUCGUCAACCGUCUUCAGGGCCUACGGGAGAAGCUCGCGCACAAGAAGGCUGAGGCGAGUAAGACUGAUUCCGUCCGUGCGCAGAUUGAAACCAUGCGCCGGGAGAUCCAGAAGGGCAGAGCUGCGGUUGAUUUCGAAAAGAAGGCACACUCUGAUAACCUCGAACAAAGUAAAGCAAUGGAGAAAAAUAUGAUUUCUGUGGCUAGUGAGAUUGAGAGGCUUCGAGGAGAGCUUGCAAAUGCUGAAAAAGGGGCCACCGCUGUCAACCCAGUAGCAGCUGUUGGUAACUCUGGGUAUGCUGCGGCUUAUGGCAAUUCCGAGCCAACAUAUACUGGAAUGUAUGGCAAUCCUGAUGCAACAUAUACUGCACAGGCUUAUCCUGAUGCUUAUAGCACUAAUCAGGCUCAUAUGCACACCGGCGCCAAUUCUCAUUACAUGAGUCAACCUGUUUCCUAUGGACAAUACGAGGGCCAGCACACCAAUGUUCAAAGAUGACUGUCAACACAAGAUAGCUUACUUGCCUGCCAUCUCAUUGUAAAAGGAUAGUCAAAGAAUCCACCAGAUUAAGCAUGUUAGAGAAAUCCGUUGCAUUGAAGUGCUGGAAGCCCUCAUGUUAAUGUUUUUUCUUUCCUGGCUAAUUUGUUCCAGAAUGGGUCGAACUUGGAGCAAAAAUCUUUCUCCCUUCUCCAUGUACUAGCCUGAUGAUUCGUCAGUUCUGCAAAUUGAUGGUGUUAUUCAGGGACUGUGAUGCCUCUAGCCAUUUGUGUACAUAUAAGGCCUUGUUUAGUUACAUUUUUUUUUUUGCAAAAUGAACACUGUAGCGCUUUCAUUUGUGUUUGAUAAA